UUUGCUGGUGUUUUUCAGUUGUUGAGACUCAAGUUGCAAUAUAUAGGAUAAAAGACAUUUCUAUCAAGUUUCUACCUUCAGGCUCUUUUGUUUUAUCUCCCCCCCACUGAACUUAUCAGGUGGGGGGGGGGGAGGGGUAAGGCCCAAACCAUGGAGUCCAACCCAGACAGCCCGAGUCGGGCUGUGGAGUAUCUUCUGGAGCUCAAUAACAUCAUUGAGAACCAGGCCAAACUUCUAGAGACACAGCGUAAACGCAUCGAGGAGCUGGAAACGCAGCUUGACCGGGUCAACCAGGAGAACCAGGACCUGCGGCAGGACCGGAACCCGGGGACCGAGAACUCGACGCAGAACCACAACUACAACCAGAGCUCUAAGCCAAGCCAGCCGUCAUCACUACCAAACCACAGUGCUGGAGGUGUCCAUCAGAACAGCAGCAGUAAUAUACCCUCAUCCACGGUUCCUGGUCCAGCUCGACGGACCCAAACAAGACUGACCCGGGGCCUGUCAUGUGGGUCAGCCCCUGUGGAGAAAGAGAGAGGCCGACUGGAGCGAAAUGACAGCUCUGGGACUAACAACACCUCGACUCUACGGAAACAAGGUGUCAGACUACACUCAUCCUCCAGCUGCUCCACAAUCACUCAUCUCUCCUCAGCUUCCACCUUCAGUUCCCAUCAGCCAGCUAAAAGCCGCAGUCACCAUCAGUUCUGCUGCCCUUCCAGGCUGGGCAGACCCGAGCCGGCCUCCAGCAGGUGCUCAGAGCGGGCCAG